AAAAGGGAGGUGGAAAAGACUGCAGGGAGAGAGGCGAGGAGAGUCGCGGGAAGGAGAGGGGACAGCAAGGGAGGGAAGCCGCCCGGCCCGCGCCAAGCCUGAGGCUGCGUGAGGCAGCUGGCAGGCAGGCAUGCUGCUCUUGUCGUGCCGCCUCCCGCGGUGCUGGCCCUAAAGAGGGUGGGGGUCGGACGAUGGGCUGCGGCGGGAGCCGCGCGGAUGCCAUCGAGCCGCGCUACUACGAGAGCUGGACUCGUGAGACCGAGUCCACUUGGCUGACCAACACCGACGCCGAGCCCCAGCAGCCCAACGGCGGCCCGGAGAACAGCAACGCCGAGGCUGGCCUGAGAGAAACGGGAAUUUUGGAUGAUGGCAAAUACAGUCAGACCUGUGUCACAAAGUCUUCAGUUGCAAGUGGUAUAGCUACUGCUGAAAAGAGAACUCACUGUGGUACACAAUGCACAAAGCCUGCAAGUCACACUACUGGAACUUCAACACAGAAGCAGCAAAAUGGCUUUAGAACAGCAGAGCCCAAAUGGGACAGCAAGAAAAAGGCUACAAAAGAAACCACAAUUAAUGCUGCCAAAAAUAACAGACAAAUGAACAGCAACCGAAGAGUAACAAAGAACCGUGUUAAUUAAGAGAGCCAAGAGAGGAUGAAUGAACUUUGCAAUAUUUUGCUGCACUUUAACUGCUCACUUAAUGUGAAGAUCUCAAAGACGUUUCAUGCUGACUUCCGUGGUGGCCCCUGCGGCUGAGUGCCUUUGGAAAUGCUAUCUGUCUUUUAGCUCUAAGCAUCUGCUAAUACUGGAUUUGGACAUAGCAUACUUUUAGUUCUGUGUUGCCAUCUGGAUGAGACUGGGCCAAUGAGUAGCACAGAAUCUGAAAUAUGUUUCUUUGUUUUUUACUUUGUCACUUAAUGUAAUAUAAUUUAAUAAAAUCUAAAUAUUGAUAUUUCAGAAACA